GCGCGUGGAGAACUGGCCUCUCAUGCAGUCGCCGUGGCCAACCCUCAGCAUAAGCACCCUUUACCUCCUAUUUGUGUGGCUGGGCCCCAAGUGGAUGAAGGACCGGGAGCCGUUUCAAAUGCGCUUUGUGCUUAUCGUCUAUAAUUUUGGGAUGGUUUUACUUAACCUUUUUAUCUUCAGAGAGUUAUUCAUGGGAUCAUAUAAUGCAGGAUAUAGCUAUAUUUGCCAGACUGUGGAUUAUUCUAAUAAUGUUAAUGAGGUCAGGAUAGCUGCUGCUUUGUGGUGGUACUUUGUAUCUAAAGGAGUGGAGUAUUUGGAUACAGUGUUUUUUAUCCUGAGGAAGAAAAACAACCAAGUUUCUUUCUUGCAUGUGUAUCAUCACUGCACCAUGUUCACACUGUGGUGGAUUGGAAUUAAGUGGGUUGCGGGAGGACAAGCAUUUUUUGGAGCCCAGAUGAAUUCUUUUAUCCAUGUGAUCAUGUAUUCAUACUACGGACUAACUGCAUUUGGCCCAUGGAUUCAGAAGUAUCUCUGGUGGAAACGGUACCUGACCAUGCUGCAGCUGGUUCAGUUCCAUGUGACCAUUGGGCACACAGCACUAUCUCUCUACACGGAUUGUCCUUUCCCCAAAUGGAUGCACUGGGCCCUGAUUGCCUAUGCAAUCAGCUUCAUCUUCCUCUUCCUCAACUUCUAUACACGGACAUACAAUGAGCCUGAGAAAACAAAAACUGGAAAAGCAGCCAUGAAUGGUAUUUCAGCAAAUGGUGUGAACAAGUCAGAAAAACAGCUAGUGGUAGAAAAUGGAAAAAACUACAAAAAUGGAAAACCAAAAGGAGAGUAAAUUGAACUGGGCCUCAACUGUUGGUAACAGUAAGGAAACUCCUAUGUCAUAUAAAAUUUCAGGGAAAACAGAAGAAGGAAAGGAGGGUUUGGGGUGGGGAGAAAGGCAAAUGUGCUUCAUGUACUGGUAACCUUUAGACUGAGUCAAGUGUUAACUACAAUACCCAGAUGUUUUAUUUAUGAAGUUUUUAUUUUAAACCGUUUUUUAAAAUUAACCUUGAUGUUGUCCAGACCAAAGCCAUCAUCAUGUGACUUUGGAGACUCCUUCUAUUCAUGUCCACUUGCUGAUUAAGCAGAAGUUUUUAUGUAUCUUAUGUGCACCCGUCCUUCAGUCAGAAUUUUAGGUGAUCACACAUACACGAUCUUCAUGAAUUUUUUGACUAGAUUACCAAUUACUUUAGCUGAUUAAAAUCAGUUACCUUACAUUUUCUUGUCCAAAGCUGUAAACGGGGUACAUUAAACUUUGCACAUUUGAAUUCAUUUGUUGACUGAAUGGUCAAAUCUCUCCACCUCUAGUCAGAAUAUAUACUUUUGGUUGUAAUUAAAUUAAAAAAUCUGCUCAUCUCUGUAGAAUCUUAGAGGCUUGAUGAUGAUGGUGUUGGUGAAAAUAGGGAAGAAUUACAGUACAAUUCUGUGUAUGACCCAAGGUCACUGAGACUCACGGCACAAAUCCCUGGGGGAGACAAUUUUUGUGAUAAAAAGACAGCCUUUGAAUGCUCCUAUUUGUAGCAGAAAUGCAUUACGAAAGUUAAGAUGAUUGUCUGAUUGAAACAUGAAACAGCUCAUGUCUUCGUUAGUAACAUCAUCAGAUAGUUACAUCUGUGUGCUGUUGGAAGAAAGUAUGUUGAUUUUUAUCAGGCUUUCCUUGUUUUGAUUUGUGGCUGUUACUGGUUUUUUCAUAUGUGGAAAUAUACCUACCUCUUCUGCUGGAAAGAACAUUUAAAAUGAAAUAAAUUUGAUUAAAAAAUCAAGGAAUCCGCUAAUGUAAAUUUUAAUUUUCACUUGUGAGUCCACUAAUAUUUUUUGGCUUUUUUACAGAUAGCGUACACCAAACAUUUCUGUGAAACUAUCCCUCUCUUUCAACAUGUUUAAUUUGGGGAGUGAUAUUUCCCUUGUAACUAAGUUGCAGAUUUGUAUUUAUUACCUAGGUAUGAAGUAUAAGCCCAUUUUGGUACAAUGUGCUUGACUCCUUGGUGCUAAGGAUUGUUAAGUUCAGUGCUUGAUGCUACAAGGUGUUAAUUGUUAAACACAAAGUGAAUAAAAGCAUUUUAUUCAGAACAGUCAAGUCAGAACAAUCAAGUUAAAUUUGCUAUUUACAAACGUAUUUUGUGUAAAAAAAAUGAACAACUGGAAAUAAACAGGGAAGGAGAACAUGUACCAUGUUUUAUUACAUAGAUUAAUUUCUUAGAGAGAUGUGACAGAGGAAUCAUUAUAGAAAGAGAAAAUGUGACAAAAAUAGCAUGACUAUUUCCAAGUAAAUUCGCACUUUGUCAAAACUGCAUGUGUACGAUGUGUGCUGUUUGUACAAUCUAUUUCAGAAUAUUUUGUAAACUAUGAAAUAUUUAUUGUGCAUUAAAAUUGCAUAUUUUCCCUGAAAGGCAUGCCGUCAUGAGAAUUACAGAAAAUCUGCAGCACAUGCAAUAGUUUGAGCUGAGAGGUUCUACACUCUUGUUUUUGCUCCUCAGUGUGUAAUGACUAGAGAUUUGUAAAUCUUUGUGAACAUUCUGUACUGGUUCCCAAGAGCUAUUCAUUCCCUGUUACCUGAUUUCAGCACAAUAAAUAUACUACUGCUGUGAGAAAA